CGCAAUGCUUGUGAUAUACUUCAUAGGUAGCCUUCUGGCCAGCCUUGUUAGUGCCCGCAACGCUGCCGAUCUUAUCGGGACCUGGACCACCAAAUCUCGCCAAGUCUUUACAGGGCCAGGGUUCUACGAUGUAGUCAAGGAUGAAUUGAUUGAGCCAAGGCUUACGGGCAUCUCCUUCUCUUUCACAGAAGACGGACAUUUCGAAGAAGCAUUCUACCGAGCCGUUUCCAAUCCUCAGGACCCGUCAUGUCCCAAGGGCAUUCUGCAGUGGCAGCACGGUACAUACACCGUCGACAGUGAUGGUUCUAUACACUUGAAUCCCAUCGCGGAGGAUGGCCGCCAGCUCCUGUCAGACCCGUGCUCAUCUUCGAAAGGAAUAUACACUAGGUAUAACCAGACGGAGAAAUACAGCUCUUUCACUGUGGAUGUCGACCCGUACUAUGACAGUAUACGCCUCAACCUAUAUUCAUUCGAUGGAUCUCCCAUGAUUCCGAUGUACCUUGCCUAUAGGCCACCAGAGAUGCUGCCUACCGGACCUCUCCAAUCGAUAGUAUCCAAGAAGGCCAAGCGCCAUUUCGACAGUAAGAAGGUCACGCCUUUUGGCUUGAGGACACUCAUCAGCAAAGAUAACCUUGUGGACCCGAACCGCUGGCUGUGGGUGGGCAUUGUGAUGAGCGCGAUGGGCGGCAUUACACUCUUCUUCACCUAG